ACACCGGAAGAGGUCCUACCAAACGCUCCGUCCAAUGUUCAGUGUCAGCAGCAUUUGCUGCAGUGCCUUAUUCUUCACAUCUUGCAGAAGUCUGAGUGAUACCAGUCUGCUAAAAUGGUCCUUUACGAAGAAGUAAACGUGCACGGCUAUGACGAGUUCUGUCAGGCCGUGUCUGACAGGAAAGGGAAGGAAAUUUUUGCUUAUUUUUCCGGCAACAAAGACGAUAAAGGAAAGAGCUGGUGUCCAGAUUGUGUUAAAGCUGAGCCCAUUGUAAGGGGAGAAAUGAGUCACCUUCCCGAAGGAUCUGUUUUCAUCUACUGUCAAGUUGGAGAAAGAGCUUAUUGGAAGGAUCCAAACAAUGAAUUCAAAAAGACGCUGAAAUUGAGCGGAGUCCCCACUCUGCUGCGAUACGGCACUCCCCAGAAAUUGGUGGAGGAAGAGUGUUUCAAAGCUGACCUGGUGAAGAUGCUGUUCACUGAAGACUGAGGGUCAUUUUGUUGUUUACAUCUCACAUGAAGAAGAACUCUAAAUUUUGGUCAAUAAUAACUAUGUCUAUACCAUCCAGUUUCAACACAUUCAUGAAAAUGUGAUCCUUGUGUUUUAAGAUAGGCAACAUCCAAGGUAAUACAAAAAAUGUCAUAUUUGUACACUCUUUAUAGAGUGGAUAUGUGCUCCUAUGCAGUCUGCUCUGAAUAAAGAAUUAAUAUUAAACAAAA